UCAGAGUCACCCUCGUGCCCAGGCGCUGAGGGAGGCACUGCGGCCUCCGCCCGUCCGCUCACCCGGCGCUGCAGCAGCCAUGGGCACGGUGCAGGCGCGGAGUUUGGACCCUCUUCCAAUGAGUGGACCUGAUUUAGGUGCUUUAGGAGAAGAAGCUGAACUAAUUGAAGUUGAACCUGAAACCAAACAGGAAAUUCUUGAAAACAAGGAUGUGGUGGUUCAACAUGUACACUUUGAUGGACUUGGAAGAACCAAAGACGAUAUUAUCAUGUAUGAAAUCGGUGAUGUUUUCAGGGCUAAAAACUUGAUUGAUGUAAUGAGAAAAUCACAUGAAGCUCGUGAAAAGUUGCUUCGACUGGGAAUUUUUAGACAAGUGGAAGUUCUGAUUGAUACUUGUCAAGGAGAUGAUGCCCUUCCAAAUGGUUUAGAUGUAACAUUUGAAGUAACAGAAUUGAGAAGACUAACUGGAAGCUAUAACACUAUGGUCGGCAAUAAUGAAGGCAGCAUGGUCCUUGGGCUCAAAUUCCCUAAUCUCCUUGGACGUGCAGAGAAAGUGACCUUCCAGUUCUCCUAUGGAACUAAGGAAACUUCAUAUGGCUUAUCAUUCUUCAAACCACAGCCUGGCAACUUUGAAAGAAAUUUUUCAGUAAACCUGUAUAAAGUAACCGGGCAGUUCCCUUGGAGCUCUCUUCGUGAAACUGACAGAGGAGUAUCAACAGAAUUUAAUUUUCCAGUAUGGAAGACGAAUCACACGCUGAAGUGGGAAGGUGUUUGGAGAGAGCUUGGAUGUCUCGCAAGAACAGCAUCUUUUCCUGUUCGAGAAGAAAGUGGACACUCUCUUAAAUCUUCUCUCUCUCAUGCCAUGGUAAUCGAUUCUCGGAACUCUUCAAUCUUGCCGAAACGAGGUGCUCUGCUGAAAAUUAAUCAGGAGCUGGCUGGCUACAGUGGUGGUGAUGUGAGCUUUCUGAAAGAGGACUUUGAGCUUCAGUUGAAUAAGCAGGUUUUUUGGGAUUCGGUAUUUUCGGCAUCUCUGUGGGGUGGAUUGUUGGUUCCUAUUGGAGACAAGCCAUCCAGUAUUGCUGAUAGGUUUUAUCUUGGUGGACCAACAAGUGUUCGUGGAUUCAGUAUGUACAGCAUUGGACCCCAAAGCGAAGGUGAUUACCUGGGAGGAGAAGCCUUUUGGGCCAGUGGCCUGCACCUGUACACGCCUCUCCCUUUUCGGCCAGGCCGGGGGGGAUUUGGAGACCUUUUCAGAACACACUUCUUCCUCAAUGCUGGAAACCUCUGCAACCUUAACUAUGGUGAAGGCCCCAAAGCUCACCUCAGGAAGCUGGCUGAGUGUAUCCGAUGGUCGUACGGUGCUGGAAUAGUGCUCAGACUUGGAAACAUUGCUAGAUUGGAGCUUAACUACUGUUUCCCCAUGGGAGUGCAAAGUGGCGACAGGAUAUGUGAUGGUGUCCAGUUUGGAGCUGGAAUAAGGUUCCUAUAAUACAGCAACAUUUCACGCUGAUAUCAGAAGGGGAGAGCGCUUAGAAAAACGUAUGGCUCAGUAUGGUCUGGAUUUUUUUUUCUUGAAGUCUAAAUAUGCAUUUCAUAAAGCUUUCAGACUCCACCAUAAAAAAUAAAGGUGAGGAAUAAAUAAUUAUGGCACAAUAAAGAAUUAUGCCAUAAAGGUGUGUUGUAAAUCUGAUUUUUCUCAAGGAUGA